GACUUCUUCGAACGGCGACUAUAGUAGGAUUCUUGAUCAUUGUGUACAGACAGCACUUCUAGUUAUUUUUGAUUUUUGAACGUACUUUAUUGCUUUUAUUGUAACAGCUUUAGUUGUUAUUGAUUGUUGCUAGCCGGUUUCCAUCUGGUAUGGGUAAUUGAAAUCCCGGGUGAUUUUGCUCCUGCAGCAUCUUCUGCGAACUGGGAACUCCGGUGAUUGUUAUAGCUGACAAGGAACAAGCAGCACAAGAUGUUGAACUUCUGCUGCCGCACCAGUCGUCUUUGUUCAAGAACUCAAAGCGGCCAAUCUCUGAGCGAUGUUUUAUUGACGAUUCCGCGACAUGCGUCGAAUGUCAGAGGGGCAACCGUGGUGCCUAGUGAGAACAGUUCAUCCGCUGCACAAGUGCCGAGCACUGUGAUAGCUCAAGAUUCAAGGGUAAAAAUCAGUAAAGCUAUGAGAUCCUACCUGGAGCGAGCGCAGGCACACAACAUGUUUAUGAAACAACAGACUCACGAAUUCGAAAUUGGGAAGCGACAUCUGGCCAACAUGAUGGGAGAGGAUCCCGAAACAUUCACGCAGAAGGAUGUCGAUAGAGCAAUAGCGUACCUUUUGCCGUCGAAUUUAUCUGCCAAAGGAUCUCGUCCAGUGAUGAAGCCUCCAGAAGAAAUAUUCCCACAACAAAAAGAGGCACAAUUUGGCCUUGAUGGUCGUCCUUUUCAUCCAUUGUUUUACACCCUCCUUCCGAAUUAUUACCAGGCUAUGCAUGAUAUUUCUGAGUGGAUAGAACAGUUGAACAAAGAGGAGGAUGAUCGCGUACGGAAAGGAAAAUCUCCCAUUGAGCAGACGAUUGAGCUGGCCGGGACGGAGUGGGUCCCAAAAGAAGAGCUAGCCGAAAUGUUCCUUGAAAAGAUCGAUGACCACCACUAUCGAAGGUUUAUUAUGCUCAUGGAUCGCUUGCUGCAGCAUCCCUACGCAUUUCGCGUGCAGGAAUUCGUUAUGAAGUUUCGUCGAAGUUUGAUACCGGUGACGAUAAAUCUCGAAAUCCCUCAGGUCAAAGUGGACGAAGAUGGAAGAAAAUAUGCGGAAGCAUAUGGUCACCGGAAAACAGUCCACUGUUGGGUGCAAAUAAAGGAAGGAACCGGAAAAAUCGAUGUGAAUGGAUACGACAUAUUGUACUUUCCUCGUGCUCAAAACAGAUUAGCUGUUAUGUUUCCUUUUCAAUUCCUCAACCAGAUGUACAAAUUUGAUCUAAAAGUAAGCGUGAAGUUUGGCGCAACGGGAGAAGCUGCGCAGGCUUCUGCGAUCCGGGAAGCCGUGUCCAAAUGUCUGGCAGCUUUUGCUACCAAAGAAGAAAUUGAACUAAUGCGUCAAGCUGGACUUCUUACUCAUGACAGACGAAUAAGAGAACGAAAGAAAUAUGGCUUUAUGGGUGCCCGAGCUAAACCCAGAUGGAGAAAGAGAUAGAAUCGCAGUGUGGAUUGGCUAAAAGACAUUUCUUCUAUCCAUGGGAUAGCUUCGCGUGUGAACUUCAUCGUUUGCGUUGAAAUGUCCAUUUGUACACAGCUGGGCUAUCUUUUGUGCCUUCCUUAAUUUUUACCGGUUUUCGCUUUUCCUGUAAUUGCGCCGCAAAAUGAUGUUUUGCUGUGUUGUAAUUUGUGGCAUAUGACAAAAUCAGAAUGCCAAACGUACCAGUAAAUUCCUCCGAGUUUGAA